UUCGCCGCCAUCAUGUGGAACUUCACAAAGGAGCAGUUACGCGAUGGCGACUCGAUUAUUGGGAGCACAGCAUAAAGCUCGACCUUCGCCCCCAUCAAAGUCGAUUUGAUCGUGACAAUCACCUCAGUUCUAAGAUAUAGCCGCAACGGUUCGAACCAACAAUGAAGGCUUGUAUAAUUUCCCUCCUGGGACUUGCCAACGGCGCUCUGGCAGCUGUCCAGGGAUUCGAUAUCUCCCAUUACCAGUCAAGCGUCAACUUCGCUGGAGCUUACAACGCCGGCGCCCGAUUCGUCAUAAUCAAGGCUACCGAGGGCACAACCUACCGCGAUCCCAAGUUUAGCUCCCAUUACACCGGUGCCACAAAUGCUGGCCUUAUUCGUGGGGGUUAUCACUUUGCUCAUCUGGACGUGAGCUCCGGUGCAACCCAGGCGAACUACUUCCUUGCUCACGGAGGUGGAUGGUCGGGUGAUGGCAUCACCCUCCCCGGUAUGCUUGAUCUAGAAGGUAGCUGUGUGCUCUCGCCUAGCGCCACUGUUGCUUGGAUCAGGGACUUUAGCAAUACCUACCACUCCAAGACAGGAGUAUAUCCUCUCAUAUAUACAAAUCCAAGCUACUGGCAAACCUGCACCGGCAACUCUAACGCCUUUGUUAACACCAACCCACUGGUCCUUGCUCGGUACAGCAGCAGUGCCGGUACUCCUCCCGGCGGCUGGCCGUACUACACAUUCUGGCAGUACAACGAUGCCUAUAGCUUCGGCGGAGACAGCGAGGUUUUCAACGGUGAUAUGGCUGGACUCCUCAGAAUCGCUCGUGGAUAAGUAGACCGUUCGAGCUUGAUGAGUCAUAAAAGCUUGAGUGUAUCUACCAGUAUGGCCAAUUUGCGAUGGACUAAAUGAAUAAAUACUCUCGAAAAUGAAGCUCAUUUCAAUCUUCCACUACGUGUUGAAUCGUUGCGAACUCUUAUAAUGGAUGGUACAGCUGAACGUUCUGAUGCUUCUAGUAGUAUAAAAAUAUCAACCAAGGAUUGUUAUAUAUA